AUGGCAGCUAUAGUAACCAACCCUGACUUCCUCAAGCUCAGCAUCACCAGCGCAGUAUCUCCUAUGGCUACAGAGAAGCGGUUCCCUUCACACAUCACCGUCAGAGAGCUCAAGGGAAAACUUGAAAUGAUCACCGGAGCAUCUAUGAACUCGAUGAAAAUAGAAAUAUUCAACGACCUAAACAAGUCAAUCGGGAAGCUUACAGACGACGAUGCUAUUUUGAAGAAUGUUUUGCCAUCUGAUGUGAGGUUACAUAUCACAGACCCUACAGCGGCUAAUUUCCAGGAUACUAGCGCUGUUGAGAAAUACGAGCUGUCGAAGGAGGAGUACGACCAGAAGGAGGAUACUGUCCAGGCUUUUAAGAAGCGCAAUAAACUUGGAAGGUUUAACCCUGAGGUACAAGCAAAACUGGCGGCUCAAUCGGAGGAGAACAAGGAGAGGGCCUCAAAGAUGAACAUCGGUGACAGAUGUGAAGCACGCACUCCAAAACAACCACCCCGACGUGGACAAGUCAUGUUUGUGGGAGAGGUGGAGUUUAAGGACGGUCACUGGGUUGGGAUCAAGUUUGAUGAGCCCGUGGGAAAACACGACGGAGUGGUGGAGGGAAAGAGAUACUUCAAGUGUGAGAAUAAGUACGGUGCAUUCCUCCAGCCCAGGAUGGUGGAAGUUGGAGAUUUCCCUCCUGAAAUGGACUUUUCUGAUGAUGAGAUCUGA